AAUUAUUACACUUACCUUAUCCGUACUCAUAGUUGAUAUUACACUUUAUGCUACUGUCGACUGUAAAUUUGAUAAUUAAUCGCAUUGUUAAACUUAUAGUAAAAAUAGAAGAUACUCGUAAUUUUUUAAUUUAUCGGCUAAAGUUGAAAUUAUAAUAGUGACGUGGAUUAAUAUUGUUAAUACUUUAAUUAGUUUGAAGUUUGUAGGUGUCUAAUGUAAUUUGUCAUUGUUUUCUCCAUUGUGUUUUCAUUGUAUAUCUAUUGCUGAAGUUAUCAAAAAUGCCUAUCCUAUUUAGUGUUGUUGCCCGCGGUACUAUUGUUUUGGCGAAAUAUGCGACAUGUGCCGGUAACUUUACAGAAGUAACAGAACAAAUUUUAUCUAAAAUACCACCUCACGAUGACAAACUUACGUAUUCCCAUGGAAAUUAUCUAUUCCAUUACAUCGCAGAAAAUAAAUUGGUGUAUUUUUGCAUCACUGACGACAAAUUUCAACGUUCGAGAGCAUUCCUCUUUUUAAAUGAAAUUAAAAGAAGGUUUACAUCAUUAUUUGGUGAUACUGCCCAAACUGCUAUACCAUAUGCCAUGAACAGUGAAUUUGCAAGAGUUCUGGCCACUGAAAUGAAACACUAUAGCGAGUCAAAAGAUCUAGAAACUAUCUCCAGGGUCCAUGGAGAGUUGGAUGAACUGAAAAAUAUCAUGGUCAAAAACAUUGAUAAUAUGGCGAUGCGUGGAGAAAAAUUGGAGCUGCUUGUAAAUAAGGCAGAUAAUCUAGCCACAAGUUCCGUUUCGUACCGCACUUCUGCGAGGACUCUGCAACGUUCGCUGUUUUGGAAAAAUAUAAAAAUGUACGUCAUUCUGACUCUAAUAGCUGCAUUAGCAAUUUAUCUGAUCGGGGCGAUGGCAUGUGGCGGCCUCGCUUGGAGAUCCUGUGUCGGCUAAACUGAUAUUGUUCCUAUAUCAUAUUUCAUAGUAUACAACAUCAUAUUAUUAUAUCAGAUAAUAAAUUCAGUUAAUUAGUAAUUAUACGUAUCCAAAUAUUUAUCUUAUUAUUGAGACUAAAUAUUAAAAAUAAAUAGUUUAAAAAUCUGUUGUAGACGUAGCGGUCGUUAGUAUUAUUUGAUUAAUAGCACGAAAAUAAACAAAAAAUAUGUGUCGUCUCGCUUUCACUAGUUCAUUUUCACCCAGUUCGAAUAGAAUAAUCGUUAUAAAAAUACUAAAUAUAAUCACUUCUAUUUACAAAUAUCUUCUUAAAAUAUAAAUGUUAAGCCCCAGUCACAUUCCAAUCACAAACCCAAUUAUUUAAUAUUUUACUUUUUUUUUAAUUAGCAACACUUAAUUAAAUAGAACCUUAGCAUUAUUGUACCCGUGUGAUGCCAGGACGUGUAACUAGAAAGUUACCCGUCCCGGCAUCACACGGAUACACUAAGGUUCUAUAUACAACGUUUAGAUUGAAGAACAAACAUAAAAAGAAAAAAUCUCGUUUUUUCGGACUAGGAAAGUUGAAAUUCUCGGCUUUUCUGUACUUUUAUAAACACGUAGUAUACACCUUCCCCUUGAAUUGCUAUGUUUUUUGAUGAUAACCGCAAUAAAAUUCGUUAUGUAGUUAAAAAAAUCUUAGCGUAGAGAUGGCGGGAAGUGACUUUAGUUUUAUAGUAUGUAGAGAUAUAGUCGCAGCAGUUCUGAUUUUCUCAUUUUCACAAUCUUGACUAUUUGACUUAAAAUAUUUAUACAUACUUCUCAUAUAUGGAACAUAAAAUAUAAAAGUUAUUAUAUUUUUCAAAUUAGUUCACGGAUGGUGUGUAACAGAAUUGGCGUUAUUAUUUUUA